AUGUCUGAACCAAAACAAGAUCCCAAUCAAACACCCCCGUUUCUUCCAUCUGGGGACGAAUCCCAAUCGCAGCCAGAAUUACCUGCGGAAAAACAAUUGAACAGUCCUGGCAAAGACUUUGGUCCUCCCCCUGAUGGAGGAUUAGAAGCUUGGUCCGUUGUCGCAGGAGGCUUUUGCGCGGUCUUUGCCAGUUUCGGAUGGAUUAAUUGUAUCGGCAUAUUCCAGGAUUAUUAUGAACAUAAUCAGCUCAAGUCAUAUUCCUCAAGCACCAUCGCAUGGAUACCAUCAGUGGAAUCAUUCAUGAUGUUCUUUUGGGGUCCUGUCGUUGGAAAAAUGACUGACGAGUUUGGUCCUCGCAUACCAAUCCUCCUCGGUUCAUUCCUCCAUGUUUUUGGUUUGAUGAUGACAUCAAUAUCCAAAGAAUAUUACCAAAUUCUUUUGUCACAAAGCUUCUGCAGUGCGAUAGGAUGCUCGUUCUUGUUCUACGCUCCUAUUGCUGCUGUUGGUACUUGGUUCCUUCGACACCGCGCCAUAGCAUUCGGCAUUGUCACCGCUGGAUCUAGUCUUGGUGGUGUCGUGCUCCCAAUCAUGGUCAAUCACCUCGUGGUCAGGAUAGGCUUUGGCUGGGCAAUGCGAUCUGUCGCAUUCCUCUUUUUAGGACUUUUGGCUAUUGCAAACCUGACUAUCAAGUCACGACUACCGCCACCACGGAGAAAGUUCAACCCCAAGGACUUUGUCACACCAUUCAAGGAGAUGCCUUUUCUUUUCCUGACUAUAGCAGCAUUCCUUCUAUACUUGGGUUCCUUUCUGCCCUUCAAUUUCAUCAUUGUGCAAGCAAAGGCACUUGGUGUAUCUCCGAAACUAGCUGAAUACAUGGUUCCCAUAGUCAACGCCACAUCCACAUUUGGCAGACUCCUCCCAGCUUAUCUUGGCGACCGAAUUGGUGUUUUCAACGUCAUGAUUCCUCUGACUCUGCUCGGUGGAAUCUUUACUCUUACCGUUUGGCUUACUGCCCAUUCCACUGCGUCGGUGAUAGCUUACGCCGCGUUAUAUGGUUUCACCUCUGGGUGCACACUUUCUAUUGUCCCCGCCAUGGUGGCUUCGUUCUCAGACGUGCGCAGUAUUGGUACGCGCAAUGGCUCCCUGUAUGGCGUUGCAGCUUUCGGCGUACUUGUCGGUAGCCCUAUCGCUGGAGCUAUAGUUAGUGAUCAGGGUGGUGAUUUCUCUGGUUUGAUCAUAUUUUGUGGCGUGUCUAUUCUUCUUGGGGCAGCUGUUGCAAUUGUAUCAAGGCAAUUCCUAGUGGGGUCUAAGUGGAGAGUAAAAGUGUAG